AUGCAACAGAGAUUAUGGAGGGGCAGCAGCAGGAACAGCAGCAGCAACAGCAGCAGCGACAGCAGCAGUAGCAGCAACAGGAACAGCAGCAGCAGCAGCAGCAACAGAACCCCCAGCAGCAACAGCAUCCAACCACCACAGUACCACCAACACCAGCACCAGCAGCACCAACAGCAGCACCAACAGCAGCAGCAGCAGCACCAACAGCAGCACCAACAGCAGCAGCAGCAGCACCAACGGCAGCAGCAGCAGCAGCAGCGCCAACAGCAGCACCAACAGCAGCACCAACAGCAGCAGCAGCAGCAGCAGCACCAAGAGCAGCAGCAGCAGCACCAACAGCAGCAGCAGCAGCACCAACAGCUGCAGUAG